AUGUCCCUCGCGGCCCCCUCCAGGGCCGUCCUCAUCGGUAGCGGCUCCGCCAGCUCGUCCUUGCCGUGGGUGUUAGAGCUGUCGGGGACGCGCUCUGGCUGUGCGCGGCUGCUCUGCGGCCGGGUUGGGCAGGAGGAGUGGUUUGCUGGGCACUUCAGACGGAUUAUUCUGCAGUUUAUUCUGGAAAGAGAGUUUCAGAGUUACUACUACACUGACACCAGUACCAACAACAAACCAAUUAGAAGAGCUCCCGGGGCCCUGGCCUCCGUCAGCGCCCCCUCUGAGGACUGGCCGCGUGGCCCGCAGCCCCUGCCCCCGUCCGGCUCGGUUCGCCCCAUCCCCGCUCCCCGUCUCGGCCCCGCCUCCGUGGGUCCUGCGUCGCUGCUGGCUGCGCCUGGCCGCCUGGUGACCUCGCGUCUCCCCGAGCGGACAGGGUUUCAGUUUGUGCUGGAAUUUGUGCUUGGGAAAGAAAUGGGCGUGGGAUGCGCGUGUGUGAUUCGUUUUGUGAAAAUGCAGAUAUUUACACCGGCCUUUGUCGGGGCCUUCGGAGGCUCUCUGUCCCCUGCAGGUGAAGAGCAGGGGCCGUGGGGGCCCCUGGCAGAGAGAGGCCUCUGCUCUCCGGGGCGCUUGCCCCUCUGA